AUGUCGACCAGAGGACAUGCCGUCCUCCAGGAUCUCUCGUACAAGCUCGGCAUUCGAACCGUCCAGGUCACUGUCUCCCCGCGCCCAGCCAAGUUUGCCGAGCGGCGCGCCGUCCUGCACUCGCUGCAAAAGUUCGCCCGCGUUGAGGUGUUCAAGAAGCUCAAUGACAACUCUUCUUUCAUCUCAGUGCUUGCCGACAAGGCGCAGGCUAAAUCGCUUGUCAACAUGAGCCCGCUGCAGUACCAAAUCGCGAUACCACGACUGCACGGCUCCGUCCAGAUGUUCCUCACGAACGCGAACUCGCCCGAACCGAUAAUCAAGUCGAAGGCCUCCGAGAGCGCACCCGAAACCGAAACUACACGCCCCGCAGCUGAGGAGGAUCACAAGGAGUUUACGGUGCACAUCUUCCCGGCGGAGUCGUACAUCCACGCGGCUGCCAUCAGGUCUUCGCCUCUUCACGGCCCUUGGCCCGAGUCUCGUCGGGAGACCACCAUGAUGUCUACCUUGAAGGAAACUUUGCCGAAAAACAUCAUGACUGAGGGCCUGGCAGACUGGGAGACAGGCGGCCAGAUUCCGGCAUCCGAGAAAAGCCAGCUGUGGGAGGACAUUCUCCUCGGAAGCAAGUCGAUGGAUGUGAGCACGCGCGCCAUUAUCGACCGCAUCCAGCGCCGCGAGAGACGGAACGCUACGCCGCCCAUCAUGGAUGGUCUUUUGCAGCUGCGAGAGAAGUCACGGGAUGGUUGA